GCACAUGCGUUUGAGAUCAUUAAAAAUGGUACUUACACGCUUGCUGUUCGCUCGCUGGCUCGUAAACUCGUUAGCUAUGGCUGUCCGAUCAAGAACACGGGCGAAAUCCUUGGUUUGUUCUUCAAGAUCCUCUGUCCGUCAUCGAAGAAAGAAAUUAGAGGGCCGAGUCCACGAACAGUAGGGAGGGCACUCACUGAGGGAGGCAUUGCCUCGGAAAUCCAGUUGGGAUUCGAGCUUAGAAACACGCAGGGUAAUGGUGACGGAACGACGAAUAAAAAUCAAAAUUUCGAGUCGAUGCACAUAAAUCUCACCGCACCAAAGGAAUACACUUCCGACGUUACUGAGAAAGCCCUUGAGGAAGUCGAGCACAAAGUACGAUUUGCUGGGGUUCGUAUGUCAGGAAAUCAUCGCGCUGAGACACAGAAGAACGGAGACAUUGCUUGCCUCGAGAACGCCGUCGAAGCCUUCAACAAUAGUCCUCUGGGAAGGCAGUUAAUGCCUUCUUCGUCC